AUGGCAAUUACGAAAGAUCAAGGUUCUUUGAAUAUGGAUAAAUUUAAUCUAUCAUAUACAAGUGAUGCUGAUGAAUCGAAAUGGUUAGAUGCAUUAAAGUCAUUCAAUGAUAAUAAUCAAGAUGCAAGAACAUUCAUUGAGAAAUAUGGCUUGAAAGAGAAAAAACAAUUCACUUUGAAUCUUUUCGAUAUUCUAAAGGGUGAGGUUACAGGUCGUGAACGUAGUAGUGCAGCGUUGUAUCAGACUAUGGUUGCUCUGCGUAUCUCUCUGCGUGAGAUCGACGCCUCCGAGGUGGAGAUCGUUGCCGGUGGCAUGCCGCUGUUCUUCAAGUUUGGCAAUGUCGGUGAAGACAACAAGACUUCGAUACACUCCGAUGAGAUUCGUGACGAAUCGAUGCGGUGCAUCGUCAAUUGCAUCGCCAGAACCAAGUCACUCAAUAGUCUGCUCGAUGUCUGCACCGAGCAGCUUGAGCAACGCACGAAAGACGGUUUCGAAGCGUCGGUUAUCCUUGGCGACCUGUGUCGAUUGAUGUUCACCGCCACUAUGCACUGGGGUCAGUUGGAUCGUGGCGUCAAGAUACCGGUUACCGAAGACGACCACAACCGUAUUCGUCGUCUGCUACCCACCUACAAAAAGAUUAUGACACAACACUGCACCACCGACCAACCGAUGUACCAAGUGAAACUCGCACUCGUAUCGACCCUCCUAAACACACCGAAAUCAUUGUACGACGAGAUAGUAGAUCAUAUUCCACUUUCCUAUCUCGAAGAGAUCUUUACAAUUCAAUCUGCUUUCUUUGAUAAACCAGAAGCACCAGGUGAAAUGAUACCAAUAACAAUGUUAUUAGCAAACAUUGCUGAGAAUGUACCAGAAACAAGAGAUCCAUUGAAAGCUUUCACAUUCCCAUCGGAACUCAUUAAAGAAACAGACGAACCAUUAUCUGUUACCAUUGAACCACCAAAGGAAGCAGUUACUCAAGGUAUCAGUUCUAGAUUGAUUCCACUGAUGACCUCAAGUGAUAUUGGAUUGAAACACUUUGUAUCAGAGUUCUUUUAUUAUAUCUGUGAUGAAGAUGCCAAUGAAGUUUGUAGAUUGACUGGUUAUGGUAAUGCUGCAGGUCUGUUGGUUUCCAAAGGUUUGAUGUCAUUAGGUGGUCAAUAA